AUGGCCCAAGGGCUAGAAGUGGCCCUCACAGACCUCCAGAGCUCCAGAAAUAAUGUGCGGCACCACACGGAAGAGAUCACUGUUGACCACCUCCUUGUUCGCCGGGGCCAGGCCUUCAACCUCACCCUGUACUUCAGGAACCGGGGCUUCCAGCCGGGCCUGGACAACAUCAUCUUCGUGGUUGAGACUGGACCACUGCCAGACCUGGCCUUGGGGACUCGGGCUGUGUUCAGCCUGGCACGCCAUCACAGCCCCAGUCCCUGGAUCGCCUGGCUGGAGACCAAUGGGGCCACCUCCACAGAAGUGAGCUUGUGCGCUCCUCCCACGGCGGCCGUGGGUCGGUACCUCUUGAAAAUCCACAUCGACUCCUUCCAGGGGUCUGUGACGGCCUACCAGCUUGGGGAGUUCAUCCUGCUCUUCAAUCCCUGGUGCCCGGAGGAUGCUGUCUACUUGGACAGUGAGCCCCAGAGGCAGGAGUAUGUCAUGAAUGAUUACGGCUUCAUCUACCAAGGCAGCAAGAACUGGAUCCGCCCAUGCCCCUGGAACUACGGACAGUUUGAAGAGAAAAUCAUAGACAUCUGCCUGAAGCUGCUGGACAAGAGCCUGCACUUCCAGACUGACCCAGCCACAGACUGUGCCCUGCGGGGAAGCCCCGUCUAUGUCAGCAGAGUGGUGUGUGCCAUGAUCAACAGCAAUGAUGACAAUGGGGUGCUCAAUGGAAACUGGAGUGAGAAUUACACAGAUGGCGCCAACCCUGCGGAGUGGACGGGCAGCGUGGCCAUCCUGAAGCAGUGGUAUGCCACAGGCUGCCAGCCUGUGCGCUAUGGGCAGUGCUGGGUCUUUGCUGCCGUCAUGUGCACAGUGAUGAGGUGCCUGGGGAUCCCCACCCGUGUGAUCACCAACUUCGACUCUGGCCACGACACAGAUGGAAACCUGAUCAUAGACGAGUAUUACGACAACACGGGCCGGAUUUUGGGGAAUAAGAAGAAGGAUACUAUCUGGAACUUCCAUGUCUGGAAUGAGUGCUGGAUGGCCCGGAAGGAUCUGCCCCCUGGAUAUGGAGGCUGGCAGGUGCUGGACGCCACACCUCAGGAGAUGAGCAACGGCGUCUACUGCUGCGGCCCUGCCUCUGUCAGAGCCAUCAAAGACGGAGAAGUGGACCUGAACUACGACACGCCCUUUGUGUUUUCGAUGGUGAAUGCUGACUGCAUGUCCUGGCUCGUCCAGGGAGGGAAGGAGCAGAAACUUCACCAGGACACGAGUUCUGUUGGCAAUUUUAUCAGCACAAAAAGCAUCCAGAGUGAUGAGCGGGAUGACAUCACAGAGAACUACAAGUACGAAGAAGGUUCCCUCCAGGAGAGGCAGGUGUUUCUGAAGGCUCUGCAGAAGCUGAAGGCUGGAAGGUUCCAUAGCUCCCGAAGAGGAGCAGAUUUGCAACCUUCCAGGCCCACCCCACUGAGCCAGGACAGCCCUCGGAGACUGCAUACACCUUCCCUUCGACCCAGUGAUGUGGUCCAAGUCUCCCUGAAAUUCAAGCUGCUCGACCCGCCCAACAUGGGCCAGGAUAUAUGCUUUGUCCUGCUGGCCUUCAACAUGUCCUCCCAGUUCAAGGACCUCAAAGUGAACCUGAGUGCCCAGUCUCUGCUGCACGAUGGCAGCCCCCUGUCCCCAUUCUGGCAGGACAUAGCGUUCAUCACACUCUCUCCUAAAGAAGCAAAGACCUACCCCUGCAAAAUCUCCUAUUCCCAGUACAGCCAGUACCUGUCAACAGACAAGCUGAUCCGCAUCAGUGCCUUGGGUGAAGAGAAAAGCAGUCCCGAGAAAAUCCUGGUGAACAAGAUCAUCACCUUAUCUUAUCCGAGCAUCACGAUUAAUGUUCUAGGAGCAGCCGUUGUGAACCAGCCACUCUCCAUACAGGUGAUAUUUUCAAACCCCCUCUCGGAGCAGGUUGAGGACUGUGUGCUGACCGUGGAAGGAAGUGGCCUCUUCAAGAAACAGCAGAAAGUCUUCCUUGGGGUCCUCAAACCCCAACAUCGAGGGAGCAUCAUUCUGGAGACCGUCCCCUUCAAGAGUGGCCAAAGGCAGAUCCAAGCUAAUAUGAGAAGCAACAAGUUUAAGGACAUCAAGGGUUACAGGAAUGUUUAUGUAGACUUUGCAUUAUAA